AUGGCCCAUCAUGGCACAGGACACGCUCGGUUCAACAGAGUAAUGCGGAAGAAAUAUCAAUUGGAUUCUGCAUACUUUAGCGAAACUGGGAAGAGUCCAGAAAACUCCGCGACGCCGACAAUCAUACCGCAACAGACGGUUGGAAAUGGGAUGGAGGGUGAGCUAACCCUGGACCUGGUGAUGCAGGCACAGGAUGUGCACGACAGUCAGGGAUUGUCCCUCGAGAAGCGCCAACAAUCAGACACAGCCACGGGGGAUCAGGCUACGGUGUCUGCGACUAUCAUCAACGUGGUCGACAGCAAUUCGCAGACUAGCACCGGCACUUCGGCUACUGCACCGACAACGAUAUCAGAAGAGUCGACCGUUCCCGCGACUACAGGCUCGUCAACAGACACUGACUCAUUGCUCCUGUCGCUUUCUGCCACAGUUUCGGUUGAUCUAUCCCUGACUGCCUCACCUGCGUAUUCUUCUCCGACCGCAGACACACCGGCAGUAACAAGUACGCCUGAACCGUCCUCAUCCGCCCCACCGUCAUCGGCGCCCGCCGCUUCGAAGACGUCCACUCCGCUAUUUGGCUCUACUGCAACUGCGCUUCCUUCUUCGGCACACCCCCAACCAUCAAGCGCAUUGUCCAGCUCUGGUCCAAGUGGCACACAAAACCCUAGCCAAGUGACUGGCUCAAGCUCUGCUUGGGUGUUCGGAUCCGGUUCACAAUCUACGACGACUUCCUCCGUGACUCAGACGAUCUCCGCCACGACAUCCACCUUCUCAUUGGAUUCUACUUCCACCACUUCGCUCUACGGAGCUUGGGGCACGGCCUCGAAUGGAGGGGACGGAGGAUCAGGGGCAACUGCCACCGGACAAGGUGUCUCGCCUUCAUCCUCUUCAGGCAGCUCCAGCUCCGGCUCCAGCUCCGGCUCGGGCUCGGGCUCGGGCUCCCUGAGCAGCCAAACUAAAGGCAAGAUAGCCGGUGGUGUGGUUGGUGGUGUGGCUGCUGCUAUGUUCGUGUUCGUAAUUGUUGUCUGGCUGCUCCGCCGCCGCAAGAAAAACAUCCUGCCCCCAUCUGGGGACGCUCUCCCCGAGCCUGACACGACCGGGACAGCCGAAGGCUCUCUCCCGCGCUCGGCAGAGAUGACCUCGCGGCGGUCUAGCGACGACCCCUUGUUUACUGCGUCAUACUUUGCGCCGGCUUUCAUGAAGCGAUGGCGCCAGUCGCACAUGACGACGCGCACAGACAGUACUUUAAGCUCAGAGCCUAGCGAGCGUGGGUUCCAAAAGAUCUCCGGCCGGAAAAUUCCUUCAGUGCUGCAGUCAGGAGGGGACGGUUACGGCGGUGGAUAUGAACCAGGAUCCCCUACUGCGUCUGAACCGAGCACGCUUUUUUCUCCGAGCUCACCAGUUCAGCCACGGUCACCGCCAACACAACCGCCCGUGGCGACACCGUAUGGCAUGCCGUUGGAUACCAGCUAUACUCGAGAAGCGGCGGAGGUGGGAGGUGUUGUGGUGUUUCGACCAUCGCCAGCCCGUACACCAGUUACCGGGUCCGCCAACGCUAGUCUGUCCAAUGAGCCAACCGGGCCACGGGUCGUUUCGCAAGUCGGAGCGCUCUCCCCGACAAUGCCCAAGCGGCCUGAUGCGCUCGGGCGAAGCCACCCGAGCUUCGAUGGCAGUCGGGGCAGUCGGUUUACGGAGAGUAUAUGA